CUCCCUACUGUAUCGAUGAAGUUGUUUCAAAGAUGGCGGAUUUCCUGCCGUCCCGGUCCUUUUUAUCUGUUUGUUUUCCUAACUGUCUCCUCACUAGCAAUGAGGCAGAACAAUUAAGGAAAUCUAAAGAGAUAGAUAAGUGUAUAUCGCGGGAUAAAACGUAUGUGAAACGGUUGGUGAAGAUAUUAUUACUCGGAGCUGGAGAGAGCGGCAAAUCUACUUUCCUCAAGCAGAUGCGCAUCAUACACGGUCAGGACUUCGAUGAACGGGCAAAAGAAGAGUUCCGGGCUACAAUUUACAGCAAUGUUAUCAAAGGUAUACGGGUGCUGGUGGACGCACGCGAGAAGCUACACAUCCCAUGGGGAGACGUGUCCAACCAGACGCACGGCGACACCAUGAUGGCGUUCGACACGCGAGCCACCUUGGUGGCACAGGGGCUGGUGGACACUAAGGUCUUCAUGCAGCACCUGCCCUCCAUCUGCGCCCUGUGGGCUGACUCGGGCAUCCAGAAUGCCUACGACCGCCGCCGGGAGUUCCAGCUGGGUGAAUCAGUGAAGUAUUUCCUGGACAACUUGGAAAAACUGGGAAUGCCGGACUAUCUCCCGACACAGCAGGACAUCCUGCUGGCGCGUAAACCCACUAAGGGCAUCCACGAGUACGACUUUGAUAUCAAGAACGUGCCCUUCAAGAUGGUGGACGUCGGAGGGCAGCGGUCGGAGCGGCGGCGCUGGUUCGAGUGCUUCGACAGCGUCACGUCCAUCCUCUUCCUCGUCUCGUCCAGCGAGUUCGACCAGGUGCUGAUGGAGGACCGGCAGACCAACCGUCUGACGGAGUCACUCAGCAUCUUCGAGACCAUCGUCAACAACCGCGUCUUCUCCAACGUCUCCAUCAUCCUCUUCCUCAACAAGACAGACUUGCUGGAGGAGAAGGUGAAGACGGUGUCGAUCAAGGACUAUUUCCCCGAGUACACGGGCGACGCGCACAGCCUGGCCGACGUGCAGAAGUUUCUGGUGGAGUGCUUCCGCAGCAAGCGGCGGGACCAGCAGCAGAAGCCCCUCUACCACCACUUCACCACCGCCAUCAACACCGAGAACAUCCGCUUGGUCUUCCGCGACGUCAAGGACACCAUCUUGCAUGACAACCUCAAGCAGCUCAUGCUGCAGUGACGUUGCCGUUGCAAAUGCACCCCUCACACCCCACCUGACCCCCAAGCCCCCUCUGCCUACCCCUCACCUGUGCUUUGGUCCAAACACCACUUCACCCACCACCUGUCCUAUCUGCAGGAUUCACAUACAUUCACACAUAUACACACACACACACACACACACACACACACACACACACACACAUAUAUACACACACACACACACACACAACUUUCCCCCUUUCCCUGAUCUCUCCAUGUCCAACCACUAUCCCCGUUUUGCCCCACAAAUCCCCAACACACACACACACACACACACACACACACAUACACACACCUGAGAUGGGAUGGUGUCCCCAGCCCUUGUGCCUGGUUUUAACCAACUGUGGUCCCUUUCUCUGUAAUGCUCUGACCCGGGUUAAGGGGGGGGUGGUCAGGCAGAGGGGACUUUGUAAAUGUGCGGAAUCGCCACCGCUUUCCCUCCCCCACAGAGACUUGAGUGGCAAUGAACCGCUCGCUGCAUACUGAUGCGGGAGGAACGUCUGUCUGUCUGUCUGUCUGUCUGUCUGUCUGUCUCUCUCUGUCUGUCUGUCUGUCUCUGUCUGUCUGUCUGUGUCUGUCUGUGUGUGUUUGUUUGGAGAAAGUAAAUAUGGUGUACAAGCCCGCACUGUCAAACUGUAUACCGUUGCCUUACCCCCCCACUCCCCACCCCCAGCCUCUUAGUGGCCGCUCUAAGAUCGACAAACGGUCCUGAGAGCUUAUCUUCUCCUCCUCCCUGUCUACCAGAUGAAAAACUGAUGCAGAGGGCAAAUCGCAAGCAAACCGAAAGACAAAAUGUCGUAACAGUGCAAGUGAAAGCUUUUUUUGUUUGUUUUCUUUCUCUUUUUUGGUUUGGUUUUGUUUCUUUGUGUGUUGUAGGAUCCAACGGAAACAUCAGAGCACUGUCCUUAAAUGUCGCCUUUUGAGCCUUUUUAACACUGACCAACUACUCGCUAAGCAGCUGACUUGAUGUUUGGAGCUGACCUGUGUGCCAGUGAGCUGCUGUCUGAGUAGCCAGGGUUCAUAAAUGAUUAUUAAAAACCUUCUGGUGUUUGAACAGUUUGUUGUAUGGAAAAAGAGAUGUUCUGAGCCUUUGUCCACACCUUCCAGGCCCACUUUUUUGUUUUGCUUUUAUUUGUAGUUGUCUAAUCAGCUGUUUUAAAUCUUGAAUCUCUUUAUAAAUAGGCCUAUAUAUAUGAAUAUAUUUACCUAUGAGGAAAAAAAAACUUAACUUAUAUUUCAAGAAGUUUACACUUUUUUGGCUCUGGUGGAUUUCUGUUACAAGCAAUUGGAGAUUUUUUGAGGGGGAGCCCUCGUUUCAUGCGUUCAUAUGUUUAAACAUGCACACACAGAAAAUAAACUGAAUACCUACUGUUUUCUGGCACACAGGGCAAGAGAAGUUCUGGUAUGUCUAUGUUUUUGAUUACUCUCAGGGCUCCUCAAGAUGACCACUUUUGUGUUUUCCUAAAGCCUACAUUCAAAUCCAUUUGUCACGCAAAAGAAGUGUUCACCGUUCUAAUUGACGGGUCAGUGUUUUGACUGGCUGGACUUUGAUUGGCCCCCUGCUGCUGGCUUCAACCUAUCACUGCCCUGCACCAACCUUUUCCUGUAAACCAGCUGACUCCUCCCUCUUUUGUUUUUGUUUACAGUGGUUCUUAACGCCAGAAGGUUACUUUUGAAGUGGCGACAGCCAGUGGCGUUAUAAUUUGCGUUUUAUUUCUUUUAUUUAAUUUUAUCUUAUUUUAUUACUUUUUUUUUUUUUGUUUGUUUUGCAUGUUUGAUCAUGGCCACAAGGUUCAUUGUCCUGUGACUUAAAAAACGCAUAUGUGUACCUGACCUGACAAGAACCACUGUUUUUAUUUUGGAGGUACCAGUUGAAGCAUCGCCUCCAUUUGAUGUUUCUUUUCCUCUCCCAUUCUGUGGUGUAUGAAACAAAAAAGGGACGGAGUCGGCCUUGUGAAGCCCGCUCCUGGGUUCCAGGACAUUUUGUACAGCCCCCUGCCCACUUGCCUUGUUUGAUACAGGUGUGGUUCUAAGCCCUUUACUCUGGAAAACUUUACUGUAAAGUGAGGAUGGAUGUUGAUUUGUGAGCGUGUUGUUGUCGUGUUGUUUUUGCUGCUCCUGCCUUUCUCUGUUUAUGCAGAUGGUUACUGCACCUCUAAAGCGCAGCCUUGCUGGUGCCUGAAGUGCAAGGGGCUGGCUCUGUUCCUAUAGGAAAUGACCCCUUAAACACACACGCACAUACACCACACAUUAUUUGUGAAUGUUAAGUUCAACUUCCAUAUAGUAAUGCAUGUGCACACGUACACACACAUUCUCACGCUCCUGUGUUUAACCCUACUCUUCCUUAUUUUUACACACACACACACACACACACACACACACACACACACACACACACACACACACCUUGGAAACCCCUGCUGCCUGUGGCGGACAUGUUUGGUUGGGGGAGGAGGGGUUGGUAGGAAAAGCAGAGGGGUCUUCUGCCUUUUGGCUCCAAGCCCAGAGGAGAACUCUAACGUUCAGAUUCAGCCUUUAUGAGACCUCUACAUUGGCCUCCCUUGUCCUCACAUACACAAUGCCCCUCACACACAACACACACAUUCACACAAUGUCCCUUACACACACACACCAUCACCACCACUCUUGACACACUCCAGUCUGUGACAAACUAGAACAGACAUGCAGGCAGCACAUUUGGACUAUGAAACCUUUUU